UACCUCUUAAUCCCCUUCACCUAUUUUGCCCACACCCAACACCUCCUCACUGUGGUAACCCCCAGUUUGUUUCCUGUAUCUCUGAGUCUGUUUCUGUUUUAUUUUGUUUUUUCGUUUGUUUUGUUUUUUAGAUUCCACAUAAGUGAAAUCAUACGUUAUUUGUCUUUCUCUGUCUGGCUUAUUUCACUUAGCAUAAUACCCUCUAGGUCCAUCCAUGUUGUUGCAAAUGGUAAGAUUUCAUUCUUUUGUGUGUGUGUGUGUGUGUGUGUGUGUGUGUGUGUGUGUCUGUGUGAGGAAGAUUUGCCCUAAGCUAACAUCUGUUGUCAGUCUUCCUCUUGUUUUUGCUUGAGGAAGAUUAGCACUGAGCUAACAUCUGUGCCAAUCUUCCUCUAUUUUAUAUGUGGGUCACUGCCACAGUAUGGCUGACGAGUGGUGUAGGUCAGUGCCCAGGAUUGGAACCCGUGAACCUGGGCCUCUGAAGUUGAGUGUGAUGAACUUAACCACUAUGCCACGGGGCUGGCCCCAAGAUUUCAUUCUUUUUGUAUGGGUAUUUUAGAAAAUAAUUAUGAGAGCUUACGUGUACUAAAUGUUGAAAGAAAUGGAAAUAUUAUUUAUACCUAUAAGGAUGAUAAUGGAAAUGUCUUCUUUGGAUUGUGUGAUUGCCGCACCAGACAAAAUGAGCAUCUCUACACAUUUGAGAAAGACUUGCAAGUUGUCAGUUGCUCUGUCAACAGCGAGAGAACGUUGCUUGCUGCAAGUUUAGUUCAAUCUACUAAAGAAGGAAGAAGGAAUGAGCUUCAACCAGGAUCAAAGUGCUUAACUUUGUUGGUCGAAAUCCACCCUGUUAACAAUGUGAAGGUUCUAAAAGCAGUGGAUAGCUAUAUCUGGGUACAGUUCCUCUACCCACAUGUUGAAAGUCACCCUCUUCCAGAGAAUCAUCUGUUACUGAUUUCAGAAGAGAAAUAUAUUGAACAAUUUCAUAUCCAAGUCAUCCAAGAAGAUGGAAAUAGAGUGGUGAUUAAAAAUUCUGGCCAUCUCCCAAAAGAGAGAGUAGCCGAGGAUUUUGUUUGGGCUCAGUGGGAUAUGUCAGAGCAGAGAUUAUACUACAUUGACCUGAAGAAAUCAAGGAGUAUCUUAAAAUGCAUCCAGUUUUAUGCUGAGGAGAACUUUAACUUAAUGUUUGAAGCACCCUUGGACAUAUCAUUAAAUGACUCAGGAUUUAAUCUUGUCAGCUUUGGAUGUGCUGAUCUUCAAAACCAAGAGAAAUUAUCCAAACACCUGACCCUGUGCGUUUUUACCAACCAUACAGGAAGUCUGUGUGUAUGUUACAGCCCGAAGUUUGACUCUUGGGAACAAAUCACAUAUUCAGUGUUUUACUUUCAUAAAGGGCACAGCAAGACCUUCACUGUUGCUCUUGAGAGUGCUGACUCAUACGGGACGAAGGGCAUUACUUUUCUCAACCUUGACUACUAUGUGGCUGUUUACUUACCUGGUCAUUUCCUUCAUCUACUUAACAUUCAACAUCCAGACCUGAUCUGCCACAGUCUGUUUCUGUCAGGAAACACUGAAGUGGUUGAUAUGCUACCUCACAGUCCUUUACAGUCACUGUCAGGGUCGCUGGUACUGGAUUGGUGUUCUGGAAAGCUCUAUCGGGCACUCCUCAACCAGUCAUAUUUACUACAGUUCCUGUGGAACACCCGGCUGGACUGUGAGAAGAUGGCCGUGUUGCACUGCGUGCUUUCGUGUGGCCGAGACUCGCGGUUUCUGGAAGCCAAGAUUAUUCAAUGGAUUUCUGAGAACAUCUCCUCCUGCCAUUCAUUUGACCUCAUUCAGGAGUUUAUAAUUGCUUCUUCUUAUUGGAGCAUAUAUCCAGAGACAAGUAACAUCGACAAACUUUUGCCAUAUUCCUCAGUGCUGACUUGGAAUACAGAAAUUCCUGGAAUAACCCUUGUGACGGAAGAGAUCGCACUGCCUCUAAUGAAGGUGCAUAGCUUUAAGGGCUACUGGGAAAAACUGAACUCCAACCUGGAAUACGUUAAGUACUCCGAGCCACACUUACUCUAUAACAACAGCGUGGUCAGGAGAGAGUGGCACAACCUGAUCUCGGAAGAGAAAACAGGAGAAAGAAGGUCCGUGGUGUAUGUGAGGAGUAUUCUUGAUAAUGCAGUGAAGGUGAUUUCCAACCUAGAAGCAAGGCGUCUGGUUAAGAAAGGACCUGUAAUGAAGCCUCUGGAUUUCGAGCCAAGGUUAACACCCCUCUUCCAGGAGGAAGACAACCACCAGAGGCUGCUCAUGGGGCUGAUGGUGUCUGAACUAAAAGACCAUCUUUUGAGACACCUACAGGGUGUAGAAAAGAAGAGAAUUGACCAGAUGGUUCUGGACUACGUUUCAAAACUGCUGGAUCUCAUUUGCCAAAUCCUGGAAACCAGCUGGACAAAACAUAAUGUUCAUCCCUGCAUUCUCCACUUCAACAGGCGGGCUAGUGCUGCUGAAUUUGCGGUCUUUCACAUCAUGACCAGGAUUUUGGAAGCUACUAACAGUUUGUUUUUACCUCUGCCUCCUGGUUUUCACACUCUGCACACGAUCCUUGGCGUCCACUGUCUCCCGUUGCAUAACCUGCUGCAUUACAUUGAUAAUGGAGUGUUGCUUCUCACAGAAACAGCUGUCACCAGGCUCAUGAAAGAUCUGGACAAUACAGAGAAAAAUGAAAAACUAAAAUUCAGCAUCAUUGUGCGACUUCCUCCGCUCAUUGGUCAGAAGAUCUGUCGACUUUGGGAUCAUCCCAUGAGUUCUAACAUUAUUUCACGGAACCAUGUGAAGCGACUGCUUCAGAACUAUAAGAAACAGCCUCGGAGUUCUGUGAUUGACAAGUCAUCAUGCAGUGUAGAAUUUCUGCCUCUGAACUACUUCAUUGAAAUCCUGACAGAUAUAGAAUCCUCCAGUCAAGCUCUGUAUGCUUUUGAAGGACAUGACAAUGUGGAUGCAAAAUUUGUAGAGGAAGCAGCUCUGAAGCACACCACAAUGCUUUUAGGCUUAUAAAAGAGAAAAUGCAGUUAUAUCAGCUUCUGGUAUUUUAAUCUUGCUCAUUAGCUCUACUUCUUUUGAGAAUUCUUUAGCAAUAUUUGAAAUCGGUACCCCAAACCAGAGUACAUUGUUGAGCCAUCUGAAUCUCAGUUCAGUACUUGUUCAGACAAAACUAGACUGCGGUACCUCAUCCCAGUUUUGCACAGCAAGUGAGCAGUCAGGUGUAGAGAGAUGACAAACAGUCUGGGGAGGAUGCAGUGGCAUAAAUGAUGCCCCUCCUAGUGGCUUACCUUCCUAGUGCUUCACAGGCCAAAAGCCGGCUUCUGUUGCACUCUGAAAUAAAAUAUGCUUAAAAAUGUAGGGAACAGUGCUUAGGAAAACAAAAACUAGAUGUGUCAUUGAAAAUAACAUAUGACAAGUGGAAAAAUUAAAUGUUGCAUAAAAACUGUAUUUGGAAAGGGGAUACUUUUUGAAAAACUGAAUUUGAACUAAGUCAAAUCUGCUAUUUCCAGUAUAGAAUAAUUUGUAACAUACAGCAAUUUGUACAUACAGUAUUUAGAGUAGGAUUUGUCUUUGUGAUGGUUCGGAUGGGACUGGAUUUAAUAUUUUUAAACUUUUUUUAUAUUUAUAAAAGUUUGAUUUCUUAAUAUCUUGUCAUUAAAAAAAAAAAAAAACAGGAAGUUUUGGCCUGACUUUUUU